CAUGAGAGUUGUGUCCCAUCACUUUUGCCAUAUUCUGUGGGUUAGAAGCAAAUUACAGGUCUCACCCACACACCAGAGGAGGGUGUUAUACAGGGGAAUGGGUCUCGGGGAGGAGGUCAUCUUAAAAUGUGAUCAGGCGUUGGAAAUAAUGACAAAAUUCAAACGUAUGUUCAGAUUGGCUGUAGAACGUCCCAGCAGCUCCCCACCCGUGGGUGUCCUCCCCUCAGGAUCUGCCCUGAUCCCAGCCCCUUCCGCUCCACAGGUUUGUGACUCGGACACGAGGCUGGACCCCAUGGCACUCCUGGAGCUGGUGCGGGUGCUGGACGAGGACCCCCGGGUGGGGGCUGUUGGGGGGGACGUGCGGAUCCUUAACCCCCUGGACUCCUGGGUCAGCUUCUUGAGCAGCCUGCGGUACUGGGUGGCCUUCAAUGUGGAGCGGGCUUGUCAGAGCUACUUCCACUGUGUGUCCUGCAUCAGUGGUCCCCUAGGCCUGUACAGGAACCACCUCCUGCAGCAGUUCCUUGAGGCCUGGUACAACCAGAAGUUCCUGGGCACCCACUGCACCUUUGGGGAUGACCGGCACCUCACCAACCGCAUGCUCAGCAUGGGUUAUGCCACCAAGUAUACAUCCCGGUCCCGCUGCUACUCCGAGACACCCUCUUCCUUCCUGCGCUGGCUGAGCCAGCAGACGCGCUGGUCCAAGUCGUACUUCCGCGAGUGGCUGUACAACGCGCUCUGGUGGCACCGGCACCACGCCUGGAUGACGUACGAGGCGGUGGUGUCGGGCCUCUUCCCCUUCUUCGUGGCGGCCACCGUGCUGCGGCUCUUCUACGCCGGCCGCCCGUGGGCGCUGCUCUGGGUGCUGCUGUGCGUGCAGGGCGUGGCGCUGGCCAAGGCGGCCUUCGCGGCCUGGCUGCGCGGCUGCCCGCGCAUGGUGCUGCUCUCGCUCUACGCGCCGCUCUACAUGUGCGGCCUCCUGCCCGCCAAGUUCCUGGCGCUGGCCACCAUGAACCAGAGCGGCUGGGGCACCUCCGGCCGCCGGAAGCUGGCCGCCAACUACGUGCCCCUGCUGCCGCUGGCGCUCUGGGCGUUGCUGCUGCUGGGGGGCCUGGUCCGCAGCGUGGUGCAGGAGGCCAGGGCCGACUGGGGCGGCCCCUCGCGGGCCGCCGAGGCCCGGCACCUGGCCGCAGGGGCCGGCGCCUACGUGGGGUACUGGGUGGUGAUGCUGACGCUCUACUGGGUGGGCGUGCGGAGGCUCUGCCGGCGGCGGGCGGGCGGCUACCGCGUGCAGGUGUGAGUCCCGGCGCGCGGGGGCCCCGGGAGCCACGGACUUGCCGGCCUCGGGUUCUGUGGGCCUCGCUUGCCCUCCUCCGUGAAGCGAGGGGGUCGACCCGAGACUCUUCAGCCUGGACUAUUUGGGGGCUGGGACUUGGGGUCUUUGGGCAGGGGUAUUUAUUGAUCAGGGUGUGGAUUCUUAGGGGCAGGGGGAGACGGGUCCCCGUAUGCUGUCCUGGGGUCUGCUUUCUCCCUGUUCGUAUUUAAUAUCCAUUUGUACUGUGUGAUUAGGACAUAAUAAAGAAUUUUAUUUAUUUUC